UUCAUGCCAGCAAAACUUGGUGCUCGCGAUGAAGAUGGACUGCGGGUACUGCUUUUGACAAAAAUUCAGCCCCAAAUUCACUGAACAUGUCAAUUUUAUCUCAACAGCUUACAUAUAUGGAGAUUGGCUGCGCUUCAAGGCAAUUGUCGCCGAUUAAUCUCCGAUUUAAUCAAACCUUUACUUUCCUGCCGGCAACAGUAAGAUGCGAAGCAAAAGCAUUUCCAGAACUAUCAACGGGUGAUCAAAUGUUCAUUCUUGGAAUGGGUUUCGUCGGAAAAUUCUUCGUUGCAGAUUUGAAGAACAAAGGAUGGGUAGUGAGAGGGAGCUGUACCAGCACUGGGAAGAAGAAACAACUCGAAGAUUUGGGAUAUUCAGCUUACGCAUUCGACGCAAAUCUCCCUCAGGAUGAGGUCCUAGAGGUUGUGAAAAACCAUACUCAUCUCGUUAUAUCUAUUCCGCCUCUUAAGGGUGUUGGUGAUCCGAUUCUUUGUCAUGAAGGACUAUUAGAGAGGGCACUGAAGGGUGGUAGACUCAGGUGGCUUGUCUACUUGUCCUCAACUAGUGUAUAUGGAGACUCGGGUGGUGCAUGGGUAGAUGAAGAUUAUCCAGUAAAACCAGAAAGUGAACUUGCCCGUGCAAGAUUAGCUGCUGAGACACAAUGGCUAUGUUUCGGUCAAAAUCUUGGUAUUGCAGCACAUGUGUUUCGUCUAGGAGGUAUAUACGGCCCUGGUAGAAGUGCUGUUGAUACUAUACUUAAGCAGGGGCCGAUGUCAAAGUGUCAGAAAGCAAGAUUAUUAAAAGACUACACAUCUCGCGUGCAUGUUGCUGACAUAUGCCAAGCACUGCAUGCCAGUAUUUUGCAUCCGUCACCCGGGAAGAUAUAUAACAUUGUGGAUGAUGAUCCUGCCCCACGAGAGGAGGUAUUUGAGUUUGCUCGAAAGUUGGUUGAAGAAAAACUUCUGGGUCAUGUAUAUGCUGAGAGAGGAGAAGCAGUACUUGUUUCGGAGAAACCUUCCAAGUCGACAAAACGAGUCUCAAAUGCUCGUAUGAAGAAAGAACUGGGGGUGACCUUACGUUAUCCUAGUUACAGGUCUGGACUAGGAGGCAUCAUGGAGCACACGUCACCAGUGUCGUGAAUAUUCAAAACGCAGUUGCAGAAUCGUUAAAUAUGGACCAAAACAUACUGUAUUGUUUAUGAUCAUUAGCUAACACACUUAAUUUGUUCGACCAAAAAGAUUCUUGAGCAAAUGUACUGACCAACUUUGGACUUUAGUCUUCUAAAAAUUUAUCCCUUAA